GGGGCACCGAAGCUGGGGCAGGCCCGGCUAGGGCCGCGAGCCGGUGGACGCCCAGCUCAGGACCCUCAGGCCUCUGCCUGUGCCUGGAAGAGCAUGGAAGAGCGGGAUGAGAAGCCCCCAGAGCCCCUGAAGACAUGUGCGCAGGACUCUCCUCUUGCUCAAGAGAUUAUUGUUAAGGUCGAGAGAGAAGAUGCCGGAUCACUGGCUCUUCCAUCCCAGGAAGGAGUGAACUUCAAAAUUGUGACUGUGGAUUUCACUCAGAAGGAAGAAAGCACUUUGAACCCUGCUCAGAGGAUCCUGGACAGAGAUAUGAUCCUAGAGAACCACAGGGACCUGGUCUCUUGGGACUUGGCAAUGGUACUUGGAAGAAGGGAAUCAACCUCAAAGCAGAACAUUUUUGAUGAAGAACCAUCCCAUGGAGUGAAGUUGGAAAGGUUGACAAGAGAUGAUCCUUGGUUGUCUUCAUGCGAAGAAGUUCAGGAUUGUAAGGACCAUUUGGAAAAGCAACAGGAAAGACAAGAGAGACCUUUGAAGGAAAUAGCAUUUACUCCCAGGAAAGCGAUUACUUAUGAGAAGGUCUAUAAAAGCGAACUUGAAGAGAAGAGUGGUCUGAAUUCCAGUUUUCUUUCACCUCAGAUGAUACCCAUAAGAAGCCAUUUUCAUAAACAUGCCUCACAUGUUAAAAAAUUGAAUUAUAAUUCUAUUGUAAACACUCAUGAGAAGAUUAAUGACAGUGAGAAACACUGUGACAGUAAUGAAUGUGGAAACCCUGACCAGAACAUUCACCUUAUUCAGUUUACAAGAACUCAAACAGGAGAUAAAUCCUAUGGAUUUAGGGAUAGUAUUCAAUCUUUUAGCCAUGAUGUACCUCUAAAUAUACAUCAGAAAAUACACGCAAGAGGAAGGUCCUUAGAUUUUAAGGAAUGUGGGCAAGUUUUGAACCACAGUAUAACCCAUAAUGAACAACAGAGAAUACCUGUUGAAGAGAGUCAGUAUAACUGUGGUAAAACCUCCCAGAGUUCAUCCCUUGCUCAAAACCUGAGAAACCAUUCUGAAGAGAAACCCUUUGAAUGUAAUCACUGUGGGAAAUCCUUCAGCUGGAGCUCUCAUCUUGUUGCACAUCAGAGAACUCAUACAGGGGAGAAACCUUAUGAAUGUAACGAGUGUGGGAAGUCCUUCAGCCGGAGCUCUCACCUUGUUUCUCACCAGAGAACUCAUACUGGAGAGAAACCUUACAGAUGUAAUCAGUGUGGGAAAGCUUUUAGCCAGAGCUAUGUUCUUGUGGUGCACCAGAGAACUCAUACUGGAGAGAAGCCUUAUGAAUGCAAUCAGUGUGGGAAGUCAUUCAGGCAGAGCUACAAACUUAUUGCCCAUCAAAGAACUCACACGGGAGAGAAGCCCUAUGAAUGCAGCCAGUGUGGGAAAUCAUUUAUCCAGAGCUAUAAGCUUAUUGCACAUCAAAGAAUUCAUACUGGAGAGAAACCCUAUGAGUGCAAUCAGUGUGGGAAGUCCUUUAGUCAAAGUUAUAAACUCGUUGCCCAUCAGAGAACUCACACAGGAGAAAAACCCUUUGAAUGUAAUCAGUGUGGAAAAUCCUUCAGCUGGAGCUCUCAGCUUGUUGCCCAUCAAAGAACUCAUACUGGCGAGAAACCCUAUGAAUGUAAUGAGUGUGGGAAAUCUUUCAACCGCAGUUCUCACCUGGUUAUGCAUCAGAGAACUCAUACUGGAGAAAAGCCCUAUGAAUGUAACCAGUGUGGGAAGUCCUUUAGCCAGAGUUAUGUUCUUGUUGUACAUCAGAGAACUCACACUGGAGAAAAGCCCUACGAGUGCAAUCAGUGUGGGAAGUCCUUCAGGCAGAGUUCAUGCCUUACUCAACAUCAAAGAACUCAUACUGGAGAGAAACCCUAUGAAUGUAAUCAGUGUGGGAAAACAUUCAGCUUGAGUGCUCGACUUAUUGUACAUCAAAGAACUCAUACUGGAGAAAAGCCCUUUACAUGUAAUCAGUGUGGGAAAGCUUUCAUUAAUAGUUCUAAACUUAUUAGGCAUCAGGCAACUCAUACUGAGGAGAAACCCUAUGAAUGUCCCUGGAGCAUGGGAACCAACCAGGCUGUGGAGCGUGAAGGUGGAGGCAGGUCCUUCCCUCUGAGCCCAGGGAGCCAUCCCGACACUCCUCGUCAGAGCUUGGAGAACCUCAAGAGUGAAGGAGGCCUGGAUCUUCUGCUUCUCCGGCUUGAGAAGAUCAAAGGAGAAAUGAAAUCACUGCCACCCUGGGAAAACCUAGGAGAGGUGACCAUGGAGACUUGGACCUCCAGGCCUGGGGAGAGAGCUCUCUACUCUCAAGCCUCAGCCCUUUCUCAGGAUGGAGAGGACAAGACCGAAUUUCAGGAGCCAUUGACCUUCAGGGACGUGGUGGUGGUCUUCACCGAGGAGGAGCUGAGGCUGCUGGACCCCUCCCAGAGGAAGUUGUACCAAGACGUGAUGCUGGAGAACUUCAGGAACCUGCUGUCUGUGGGUAAGGGGAAUGUCUGGGGAAUCGGAGACAAGAAUGCAAAGGAAAUGGAGUAUAUUCCAGAAAGAGAAUUAAAGGGCCUUUCCUACAGAGAGGUCUCCUGCUGGAAAAUCUGGGAACAGGUGGCUGGUGAAUUAACUGGGAGUCGGAAUCAUAGAGGAAAUCUUCAAGGGAGAAGUUUCCAGUUCUCAGAAGACGCUUCUCACUGCCAAGGGUGGGAAGGAGCCCCUGCCCGGGGUUCACAUAUUGACAAUUUGGUGGGCAGUCUUCAGGGACCCAUCGGUUCAGAAAAUCGAGUGUUUCCACCAUGGAAAGCUGUAAGAGCGGUACCCGCUCAAGAUUCUUGGAUGAAAGCCUUUGUGAAUGAGCCAUGGAACAGUCGAGAAAGGUGUAAAAAAUUUGACAGGCAAGAUAUAAUAUAUAAACAUGAGGGGGACGGUUAUGGCUUCGGCUGGAUAUCACGUCACAAUGACCACAGGUUACCUAAAACAGAGAGACCCUGUGAUUGUGGUCAGUGUGGAAAGGACCGCGUUAAAAAGCUGGUACUUCACCAUUGCCCUGACCCCCAAGAGCAUGACCAGACAAGAAAUGAAUGUGGAAGUGACUUCAGGGAAGAGUCACGUGUUCCCACUGAUCCCAGAGGGCCCUGGAGAGAGAGAAACCACAAAAACGAGUUGGGUCCGGGUUUGAGGCCGACUGGCCACCUUGAGAGACUCCAGAGGCCUCCCUCGGUGGAGAAAGCCUCUAAAAGUUCAGAGCAGGGUGGGGGCCCGAGGCAGAACACGCGCGGGCCCCACCGGCCCCGGGCCCCCGCCGGCGAGAUGCCCUACCGGUGCGACGUGUGCGGCAAGGGCUUCCGGUACCAGUCCAUCCUCCUCAUCCACCAGGGCGUGCACACGGGCAGGAAGCCCUACGCGUGCGAGGAGUGCGGGAAGGCCUUCGGCCGCAGCUCCAACCUGCUGGUGCAUCAGAGGGUGCACACGGGCGAGAAGCCAUAUAAGUGCGCCGAGUGCGGCAAGGGCUUCAGCUACAGCUCGGUGCUGCAGGUGCACCAGCGGCUGCACACGGGCGAGAAGCCCUACGCGUGCAGCGAGUGCGGCAAGGGCUUCUAUGCCAGGUCGGCCUUGCACAAGCACCAGCACGCGCACCCCGGGGAGAGGCCCUACAGCUGCGGCCAGUGCGGCAAGGGCUUCGCCUGCAGCUCCCACCUCAGCAGCCACCAGAAGGCGCACGCGGCCCAGAAGCCCUACCAGUGCGACAAGUGUGACAAGGGCUUCAGCUACAACUCGUACCUGCAGGCGCACCAGCGUGUCCACACCGGGCAGCGGCUCUUCGAGUGUGACGUGUGUGGCAAGAGUUUCAGCUACAGCUCGGGGCUGCUCAGGCACCAGCGGCUGCACACGGGCGAGAAGCCCUACAAGUGCGAGUGCGGGAAGGGCUUUGGCCGCAGCUCGGACCUGCACGUGCACCAGCGGGUCCACACCGGCGAGAAGCCCUACAAGUGCGGCGAGUGCGGGAAGGGCUUCCGGCGGAAUUCGGACCUGCACAGUCACCAGCGGGUCCACACGGGCGAGCGGCCCUUCGUGUGCGGCGCGUGUGGGAAGGGCUUCAUCUACAGCUCCGACCUGCUCAUCCAUCAGAGGACGCACACGGGCGAGAAGCCCUACAAGUGCGCCGAGUGCGGCAAGGGCUUCAGCUACAGCUCGGGGCUCCUCAUCCACCAGAGGGUCCACACUGGCGAGAAGCCCUACAGAUGCGCUGAAUGCUGCAAGGGCUUCCGCUGCACCUCGAGCCUCUACAAGCAUCAGCGGAUCCACACGGGCAAGAAGCCCUACACGUGCGACCAGUGCGGCAAAGGCUUCAGUUACGGCUCCAACCUGCGCACCCACCAGCGGCUGCACACGGGCGAGAAGCCCUACACGUGUUACGAAUGCGGCAAGGGCUUCCGAUAUGGCUCGGGGCUCCUGAGUCACAAGAGGGUGCACACCGGGGAGAAGCCCUAUAGGUGUGACGUGUGCGGGAAGGGCUACAGUCAGAGCUCCCACCUGCAGGGUCACCAGAGGGUCCACACGGGUGAGAAGCCCUACAGGUGUGGGGAGUGCGGGAAGGGCUUUGGCCGAAGCUCCUGUCUCCACGUGCACCAGAGAGUCCACACCGGCGAGAAACCCUACAAGUGUGGGGAGUGCGGGAAGGGCUUCAGUUACAGCUCAGGCCUGCGGAACCAUCAGCGGGUGCACGGCAGCGAGAAACCCGACAAGUAGGCGUGUGUGGGGCUGGCACCCCGAGCUUUGUAGUCGCCCGAGUGCCAGCACGGGAGGAAGCCUUUGGGAACAUGGUGUGUAGGGUCGGCCACGGUUGGUGGGAAGGGGGCUGGCCAGGUCAUGGUGGCCCUUUCUGAAGGGGAAGCGAAGACCCGGAAGGCUGAGAAACGAAAGAGCACUUAAGUCCCAGGCUUCUGUCCCCAAGUGUCCCCAAGAGUCUGUCGCACAGUGGAUUGUCCUCAAGGAAGUAGGACGGGGCCUCAGUAAAUAUCGUCACUCUCAUCAGAGUUAGCCCAGGAAGAAGCUUUUAUGAAUGAUAAUGAGUAGGUUGUGAGCAU